AUGCCAGUUCCCUCAGCCUCAAGCGCAACAACCACAGCCGUCAAAACCGCAAUGUCAAAACUAUCACAUGCAAAGAUCGUCCCGCGUCGUUCAGCGGCUCGCGGCCACGCAGAUCACGGCUGGCUCAAUACCUAUCAUACAUUUAGCUUUGCCGGUUACUAUGAUCCAUCAUUUAUGAAUUUUGGCGCUCUGCGUGUUCUCAAUGAGGACCGUGUGACGCCCCAGACCGGGUUCCCUACGCAUCCGCAUCGGGAUGCGGAGAUUUUUAGUUAUAUUCUCAGCGGCGAAUUGACGCAUAGAGAUAGUAUGAUUAAGAAAGGUGCCGAGGGCAAGCAAGGAAAAGACUUUUAUAGGAUGAAGAGGGGUGAUGUACAAUUCACCACUGGUGGAACUGGCAUUGCACACUCUGAGCAAAACGAACAUACAUCAGAAACAGUCCACUUUCUCCAAAUCUGGGCAACUCCCUGGCGCCGCGGUCUCAUGCCGCAAUACCACACCGCGUCAUUCGACGAAGAAGCCAAACGCAAGGCCUUUUUGCCCAUUCUCUCUCCACUAGCAGCAGGUAUCAACGCCACUGUCGCCCAAGAGAAAGAAGCCAAACCCACUAUCCCUGGGACUAUCCCCAUCCAUGCAGAUCUUGUCAUGGGUGCGGGUAUUAUUCCUGUUGAUCGACGAUUCAAAUGGAAAGUCGGCGGAGAGAUAGAGAGCGGCGAAACCGCUGUAGAGAAUAAAUCUGAUCGUAAAGUCUAUGUGCACUUACCAAUGACCAAGAAUGGGCAUGCGAAGAUCAGGUUGGAUGGAAGAGAUGAGGCGGUUUUGAAUGAAGGUGAUGGAGCGUUUGUGAAGGGGGUUAAUGUUGGGGAUGAGAUUAGUGUGGAAAGUAUAGGAGAAGCGGAAGCUGAGGUGGUGAUACUGGAUAAAAUCCAAAUCCCCUUAAAAAGAGCCCCAGGCCACUCCGUUCGAGCAGUCAUCUACUUCCCCAAGUCCGCCUUGACGCGAACUCGGAAGGCUCCUUUACACCUUAAUAUCCAUGGCGGCGCAUUCCUGGGCGGCUUACCGGAGGGUAAUGCGCGCUUCUGCGCUGAAUUAGCAGAAAGAACCGGCGCGGUUGUAGUAUCAACAUCGUACCGGUAUGCGCCAGUACACACCUUUCCGAAUGCGCAUGAGGAUGGCCAGGAUGUCGCGGAGUAUCUGACGCAGAAUGCCGAGAGAUUAUGGAAUGCAGAUGCUCGUAUUUUCACUGUCAGUGGCUUCUCUGUUGGUGGGAAUCUGGCUCUUGCUGUUGCGCAGGGAUUGGCUGGGACGGAGUAUGCGAUUAGGGGAUCGACGACAUUUUAUGGUGUGGUUGAUUUCCGCCUCCCACCUUGGGAAAAGCCAAAGCCACCUGGAUAUCCAGAGAAAGACCUGUUGGCUUUUCUGCAGCCUCUUUUCGAUGCAUAUGCUGGACCAAACCGGGUGCGGGAUAUUAAGAAUCCGCUUCUACAUCCAACAUUGGCGGAUAUCGAUACCUUGCCUCAAAACGCUAUUUAUCGUCGGGGAGCUUGA